CAUUCACAGGUCAUGAUUUGACUCACUCUAUAAAUUGGAAGCACCGAUCUGCGUGUUCUUGCAACGCUCAUAAUAAUUGCAAACAAAAACAUCAGAAAGAAAAUAUGAAAUCCCUUGGUCUCUCUGCGACAGCUUUAUGCAGUGUAGUGGUUGUGCUUGGAGCACUACCCUUGUUCUCAUAUGCACAGUUAGAUCCUUCAUUCUACAAUAGCACAUGUUCAGAUGUUCAUUCCAUUGUACGUGAGGUGCUAUCAAAUGUUUCCCAAUCUGAUCCACGCAUGCUUGCCAGUCUCAUCAGGCUCCACUUUCACGACUGUUUUGUUCAAGGGUGUGAUGCAUCAAUUCUGUUGAACGACACAGAUACAAUCGUGAGUGAACAAAGUGCUUUGCCAAAUAACAACUCCAUAAGAGGUUUGGAUGUUGUCAACCAGAUCAAGACACAGGUGGAAAAUGCUUGUCCUGGCAUAGUUUCUUGUGCUGAUAUUCUUGCUCUUGCAGCUGAAAUAUCUUCUGAUCUGGCUAGUGGUCCAACUUGGGAAGUUCCAUUGGGAAGAAGAGAUAGCUUAACCGCAAAUAAAACCCUUGCUGGUGAAAAUCUUCCGGGUCCAUCCUUUACCCUUGAUCAACUUAAAUCUGCAUUUAUUACUAAUCAAAGCCUCAACAUCACUGAUCUGGUUGCACUUUCAGGUGCUCAUACAAUUGGUAGAGCUCAAUGCAAAUUUUUUGUUGAUCGAUUAUAUAAUUUCAACAGUACUGGCAACCCAGAUUCUACUCUUAACACAACUCUCUUACAAUCAUUGCAAUUAAUAUGUCCCAAUGGUGGACCUGGGACUAAUCUCACUAAUUUGGACCUAACCACUCCUGAUACAUUUGACUCCAACUAUUACUCCAAUCUUCAACUUCAAAAUGGCUUGCUUCAAAGUGACCAAGAACUAUUUAACUCGAGUGAUGCAGAUAUCAUUGCCUUAAUCAACAAUUUUAGUAGUAACCAAACUCUUUUCUUUGAAAACUUUAAGGCGUCAAUGAUAAAAAUGGGCAACCUCGGAGUGCUAACAGGAUCACAAGGAGAAAUUCGAACACAGUGUAAUUCUGUGAAUGGAAAUUCUUCUGGACUUGCUACUCAAGCCACCAAAGAAUCAUCACAGGAUGGCAUGGUUAGCUCAAUAUAAAUAAAGAGUUUUGUAUGUGCACAUAUAUGCCAUGUGCAUGUGGUGAACCGUUAUAACCUUUGUAUUAAUUUUGUGUUCGAUCUACACCUUGGUCUACAUAUAUAACUACUUUAUAGUUCCUGU